AUGAAUCUAGUGACAGUGGUUGCGGUGUGCCUGAUGGCCAUCAGCGCCUGGGCGGAAGCGGAAAGCAAAUCGAAGUCCGGCCGAGGACGGGGCUCGAUGUGGUGGGGCAUCGCGAAGGCGGGCGAACCGAACAACAUCUCGCCGCUGGCGCCCGGCAUAACGUACCUCGAUCCGGCGAUCCACGCCACGCUCCGGCGCAAGCAGCGUCGGUUGGCCCGCGAAAACCCGGGCGUCCUGGCGGCCAUCGUCAAGGGGGCGAACCUCGCGAUCAACGAGUGCCAGCAUCAGUUCCGGACCCGCCGGUGGAACUGCUCGACGCGGAACUUUCUGCGCGGCAAGAACCUGUUCGGGAAGAUCGUCGAACGAGGUUGUCGCGAGACGGCGUUCAUCUACGCGAUCACCAGUGCGGCCGUGACGCACAGCGUGGCCCGGGCGUGCAGCGAAGGCUCGAUCGAGUCGUGCACUUGCGAUUACUCGCACCACAACCGUGAGCCGCAGAUGAGCAACGUGGGCGCGGUGGCGGGCGUCGGCGACUGGGAGUGGGGCGGCUGCAGUGACAACAUCGGGUUCGGGUUUAAGUUUUCGCGCGAGUUCGUCGACACGGGCGAACGGGGACGGUCGCUGCGCGAGAAGAUGAACCUGCACAACAACGAGGCCGGCCGAGCGCACGUGCAGGCCGAGAUGCGGCAGGAGUGCAAGUGCCACGGAAUGUCCGGCUCGUGCACGAUGAAGACGUGCUGGAUGCGGCUGAACAGCUUCCGCACGAUCGGUGACAUCCUGAAGGAUCGCUUCGACGGUGCGUCGCGCGUCAUGGUGAGCAACAGUUUGCUGCGCAACGGUGGCAACGGUGUUGGUGGUGGUGGCGCCGGCGGUGGUGUCGGCGGUGGUGUCAACGAGAACACGCUCACGAACCGGGCCGGCAGCUCGAGCGCCGCCAGCCUGAAGACGGCCACGAACGGCAUCGGAGGCAUCGGGGGCGCAAACAGCGUGCUCAGCAACUCGAUCCACGCCCGGGGGGCCGGCCACGCGCACCAGAAGCGAAUCAAUCGAUACAACUUCCAGCUGAAGCCGUACAACCCGGAGCAUAAGCCGCCGGGCGCGAAGGACCUGGUGUACCUGGAACCGUCGCCCGGGUUCUGCGAGCGCAACCCGCGCCUCGGCAUCCAGGGCACGCACGGCCGCCAGUGCAACGACACGUCGAUCGGGGUGGACGGGUGCGACCUGAUGUGCUGCGGCCGGGGCUACCGGACCCAGGAGGUGACGGUGGUGGAGCGCUGCUCCUGCACCUUCCACUGGUGCUGCGAGGUCAAGUGUAAGCUCUGCCGAACGAAAAAGACCAUCCACACCUGCCUGUAG